GGCCGGCCGCAGCGCUGACGCAAUACACGUCAAGUGUGGUUUUACUGUGAUAAAUCACAAAAAAUGUACAAUAACCUGCGCCAACAUUAAUAAACACGAAAAAAAACUUUACAAACAUGUAUUUCGUCAGCAAUCGAGUCAUUUCAAGAUAAUUAAAUGAUGUAAAAAUUCAUAAAAAAGUGCAAAUCAGUGAACAAUAAUAACAUAACCUAAAAACUUAACCUUGUCCAUUCCGCGUUCAACUAUAGUUACUUCGUGAAUCGUAUUUUCAAUGAUUAUGUGAUUAAGUCGUUAAAAUGAAGUACAGAAAGAAACUAGUGUUGUUUUCGUUGUUUUUGAUGAAUUUAGUGGAUCAGCCGGCUCCCGAGGUGGAUAUUGAACAGGGGAAAUUGGUCGGUAAAGUGAGUGGGGAUGGGUCGUUUUUCGAAUACAUUGGCAUUCCGUACGCGACAACCAAUAGCAGCACGCGCUUCAAGGCACCUGGCCCACCUCCGAGAUGGGCAGGCGUGUUCCAAGCCAUCACCGCCGACAUGUGCCCCCAAAUUAGCCUCCUUGGAAGAGUAGUCGGCUCAGAAGACUGUCUCAAAAUAAACGUAUACGUACCCGCCCUCGCGAGGCGACCGUUGAAGGUUAUGGUCUUUAUCCACGGUGGCGCCUUCAUCUUAGGCAGUGGCGGUAAACUUAUCUAUGCCCCACAUUUCUUUAUGAAGAAAGAUGUCAUUCUAGUCACUUUUAAUUAUAGACUUGGAGCUUUAGGCUUCAUCUGCCUCGGAACCAAGGAUGCGCCAGGCAACGCCGGUCUAAAAGAUCAAAUAGCAGCUUUAAAAUGGGUGAAAAAAAAUAUCGCUGCCUUCGGCGGAGAUCCCCACGACAUAACUCUAUUUGGUGAAAGUGCUGGCGCCACCUCAGCAUCGGUGCUAUUAGCGAGUCCUAUUACUGAAGGAUUGUUCACAAAGAUUAUCAUGCAGAGUGGAAAUUCUGUAUCAAACUGGGCCAUUAAUAGGAAACCGGUUUGGAAAGCCAGUCUGGUAGCGAAGAAGAUGGGCUUCGACUCAGAGGAUCCUCAUGAGUUAUACGAAUUCUUCAAGACAGCAGAUUAUAGAGAUCUCGUGUCGGUUCCUCCCGGCACGCCCGAUGAUUUAUUUUUUGAUACGCAACUCCUACACCUGCCGUGUGUGGAAGAAGAAAUACCUGGAGAAGAAGCGGUAAUCACCGAUCUACCUUAUAAUCUAUUGUCACAAAACGUUAAGAAUAUACCUGUUAUCCACGGGACUAAUUCUAAAGAAGGAAUGUUCCUAACAUCAGAAGAUGACGGAUCGGUAGACAAGAGAAAUGGAAUGUAUAUAAUUGCGAGUGAUUUGCGUUUCUCGUCAGUGGAAGAAGGGAUGACCGUGUCGCGGAGGGCGCAGGAGUUCUACUUCGGUGACGAACCGAUAAGUUUGCAGAAGAUAGACAAUGUGACAGAUCUAUACACAGACUUGUACUUCGAAGUGCCCGCGAUCAUGGAGACGGAACUUUUAUUGAAUAGGACUACUUCUCGGGUGUUUAAUUACAUUUUUAAUUACUCUGGUGGCAGGAACUUUUUGAAGCAGCGCUCUGGGCGCGGCCACGAGCCCGGCGCCUGCCACGCUGAUGACCUGUUCUACUUGUUCGACUCAGCGCUUACGCCUUUUCCAAUCAGUAGUCAAGAUUGGCUUAUGAUUGAUACAAUGACAACAAUGUGGGCUAACUUUGCUAAAUAUAGUGACCCGACACCAAAUUCCCAAAAGCUGCCUUACAAAUGGCUGCCGAGUGAAAAAAAUAACUUGAGAUUUUUAUACAUUGAUGAUAAGCUCAAAAUGGGACCCAUGCCUCACCUGGAGGCCUACGCGAUGUGGAAGGACAUUUAUACGAAAUACCGCAAAACGAAUGUAAAGCAGCCCUCUAUUGGCCCUGUGACUUGAUAACUUUGGGAGUAAACAAUAAUAGACAUAGGAAAAUAAAGUGUUCGCGG